AUGAAGUUCAGCCUUUGCCUCGUCUCUCUUUUGCCAGUGGCAUUUGCCCUGCCAGCUGGCACCAAGGACGAGUCCGUCUCUAAGCGCCAAAGUGCCAACACGGUGACGGAUCAGCUGCUCUUCAGUGUCUCGUUGCCCACCUUCACUGCGCGACGUAACGCGCGAGACCCCCCAACCCUCAUCUGGGACUCUGAUGGUUGCACUUCAUCUCCCGACAACCCCUUUGGCUUCCCCUUUGUCCCAGCCUGCAACCGCCACGACUUUGGUUAUCACAACUACCGUGCCCAGAGCCGAUUCACCGUGAGCGGAAAGGCUCGCAUUGAUAGCAACUUCAAGACCGACCUGUACUAUCAGUGCGAGUCUGUCAGCGUAUCGGGUGUAUGCAGGGCUUUGGCCGAUGUCUACUAUGCCGCCGUCCGUGCCUUUGGCGGUGACGAUGCCACUCCCGGCAAGAGGAGUGACAGCGAGUUGGUGAAGGAGUAUGAGGAGAAGGUGGCUAUUUACAACAAGCUUGUGGAGGAAGCUCAGGAGAAGGGAGACCUCCCUCGACUGGACUAG